AUGAAUCGAUUUUACACGUUAAAUUCUCCACAAAAAGAAAGCAUACCGUCUGAAAUGGAUCAGGCUUCUGACGAUCCAAAGACUUCUAUUUAUCAUUUUUCUUCAACUUUUCCCGGUUUGACCGCCAUUAAUCGUCGAAGAAGGGUGACCUGCAAGAAAUGUGAUCUUCCUGUUGGCUACGCAUAUAUAGAUCAGGCGUAUUUGGAAUUUAAAAGCAACCAGGCUGAAGAGGACUGUCAAGCCCACUCAGGUGAACGAAAUUUUGAGUUCCUGAUGAUACCACGUCCUAUCAAUAUUAGUGUGAACCCUAUAAGACGGGGUUCUUGUGAAAUACCUGAAUCAGCAAACCCUUAUAUGACCCUGAUUAUCAAGAAUGCUGAAGGAAAUAUAUUUGAUGCUGAUGAAAUCGUGUGUGACGGUUGUGGAAGUAGUUUGGGAACUCAGAUCACUUCCUUUGAACUGUUUCCACCCGCCAAUGACUUAGAGAUCUGCCAACCCAUAAAGGAUAAAGAAGAAACGUCGCAAUACCAUAUUUUCUCCACCGAACGUGUCAAGGUAGAACCCAUGUUUAGAAAUAUUGGAUUGAAGGAAUUGUCGACUACCUAUUAUGGUGGUGAAAAACACUUCGAUGAAUUUCAACCCAUUGAAGAUUCGGAUAUUUAUUCAAAUGACUCAAAAUUUUGGAUGAGACCCCAUGAACGGGUGUUGAAUGAAGAAAAUGGCAUAAAGGAAGAGAAACAAAGUUGCUCAUGGCCUUCGACAUUAGUAGAUCUAGUUCGACGGAAUGAACUGCCGAAAGGGACUCUCAAUUAA